AUGAAAAUCAUUUUGAAGACCACGGUAUUUCUAUUAAUAACUUUAUCAUUUAUUCCAUGCACUUCCGCCAUCAAAUGUCGAACGUGCUUACCUUGCGAAGAAAAUUAUAAAAAGUUAUUCAAAAUAAGAAAAGAUGAAAUUGUGGAUGAUUGUGGAGUUUGCAUAACAGCCUAUUCAACAUAUUUAGGUUAUGAAAUGGAAGGUCGAGGUUGUCUACCAAAAUGUCCAACUGGAGAUAAACAAAAUGAAGUAACUCCAGGGCUUAUGAGUAGAUUCGACUGUUGCUACCAUGAUUUGUGCAAUAAAACAAACAAGUUAUUUGUGAAAUUCAAAGUGUUAUCAAUAGCGUGGCUUCUGGUCACUUUAUUCAGUACUAUAAUCAAAUUCAUUUCACGCUAA